CAUAUGGGUUUUCAGUUUUGGUUAGUAAUGGAUUUGGAUACGAUUCUUCUAUACAAGUAAUAAAAGAGUUAAAAAUGGCAGAAAAUCUGACACUGAAUAUCUUUUCUGAUGGAGACCCACAGCCUGCUAUGGGAAAACUCCGUUAUUUAAAUCGAGCCCCAAAAGACAGAAAGAAGAGAAUUUUGCAAAGAAGAAAACUGAAAAAGAAAUUGAUCAAAAUUAAACAAUUGAAAAGUGAAGAAACUGCUAAGAAUUUGGAGAAAACUACUUUAAAUGACAGUGUUGAUGGAAAACAGUCUGAAAACUCCACUAAAAUAGACACAACAAAAGUUAACAGUAAAGUUGAUGUAAAAGUCAACAAUGGAUACAAGUUAAAACCUACAAAACAAGGAAAAAUUCGAAGUUCUUUGUUUUCUGCAAAUCCAGAAAUUCCAGCUCUAAAUUUACCUGUUGUAAAUGAUGCUCCUAAAAAAACGAUCAUUUCUGCACCUGUCACUUCUUUUUCCCAUCUAAAUCUACAUCUAGGAAUCGAAAGUUACAUCUCAGAAAAGUUAGAGUUCACUGACAUGACAGAAGUGCAAUCGAAAUCCUUACCUGUGCUUUUGGAUGGUAAAGAUGCAUUGAUUCGUUCCCAAACUGGCUCAGGGAAAACCAUUGCGUAUGCUCUUGCAGUGGUUCAAAAUCUGCAAGGGCUGGUGCCCAGGAUCACAAGAAUGGAUGGGCCAGCUGCACUUGUGUUUGUGCCAACACGGGAGCUUGCCCUUCAAAGUUAUGAGGUCUUCAGUCGCCUUACACUUCCAGUGAGAAGAAUUGUAGCCACUUGUGUAGUGGGAGGGCAGAAACGGAAAUCAGAAAAGGCGAGAUUAAGAAAAGGGUCAAAUAUUAUCGUUUCCACACCGGGCAGAUUUAUUGACCAUAUUGAAAAUACUCACUGCUUAUCUUUGGCAAAAGUGAAAUGGAUAAUCUUUGAUGAGGCUGACAGAUUGUUAGAUAUGGGAUUUCAAAAGGACAUUAAUAAGAUUUUAACUGCAGUCAAAGAGCAAACUGGAACCAAACAACAAGUAGUCUUGCUAUCUGCAACCCUAACAAAAGGCGUCGAAAAUCUUGUCAAUUUAGCGCUGACCAAUCCAGUACACAUUGAAACUGAGGCUGGAAAAGCAAAAGAAAAAAAUGCACAGAUUUUUGUUGAUCCUUUGACUGGUUUAAAUGUGGAAAAAGUGCCUUUACCAAGCAAGUUAACCCAGUCUGUUACAAUAGUACCAAGCAAACUGCGUCUUGUUACACUAGUUGCAUUUAUCAACAAGAAAUGCGUUAUAGAGGGUGAUGGGAAACUACUUGUCUUCCUAUCUUGUCGAGAUUCCGUGGAAUUUCACUUUAGGUUGUUGAAAAACAUGAAAGGGGUCUUAAAUAAUGCAAUAAGUGAUAAAAAACUAGGAUUCUUUCAGCUUCAUGGCGGCAUGACACAGCCUGAAAGGAACAGCACCAUUAACGGAUACAGAUGCGCAAAGUCGGGUGUUCUUCUAUGUACAGAUGUGGCUUCUAGGGGUUUGGAUAUUCCAAAGGUGGAUUGGGUGGUGCAACAUACAAGUCCUGGAAAUCCCGUAGAUUACGUACAUAGGGUUGGGAGAACUGCUCGUGCUGGCAAAGCUGGGCAUGCCUUGCUUAUCCUGAGCCCAGCAGAAGUUGAAUAUGUGAAACUACUGACAAAGUUUGACAUUGUAGCAAAGGAGUUAAAGCUUGAAGAAAUUCUGUUUGGUUUGCUAGAAAAGAAACAACAAAGUAUUAAUUAUAAAAUAAGAAUCCAACUUGGAAAAGAAGAAGCAUCAAAAGUUCAUCGUGAGCUUGAAGAGUUGGUUCACGGUGAUAAAAGUUUGAAGGAAUUUGCAGGAAAAGCUUUUGUGGCAUAUGUGCGCUCGUAUGCCACCUACCCAGCUGCUCUUAAGCACAUAUUUCAUGUGCAGAAUUUACAUUUAGGUCAUGUAGCUAAAAGCUUUGCACUCCAGGAAGCACCGUCCGAGUUUCUACACAAUUUGAAAAAGACAGUUGGGGCACAUGCAAUCCGUCAAAUUAGGAGAAAAAAAUCGAACAUGGAAAAUUCUGAAACUGAAAACAACAAAACGGAUGAUAUAACUGUAGAGAAAGAAAUUAAGAAGAAGGGCACAAAACGUCAUCCAAUUGUCGCUAAGUUUGACUUAAUGUCAGAAUUCAGCAGUGGUAUCACUGACUUCAGUCCUUCUGCUAAGAAGAAAAAAGUCAAAUAAUCUGCGGGGUGUUUGUGAAUAAAAUACCUUAAACUAGAAAUUGCCUUUCUGGUAAAAACGUAAAUUUUAUUGUACCAACGUUAUGCUCGCUAUCUGGCGAGACGUCAUCAGAGUAUAAAAUUCUUUUUACGGUAAA